GUCGUUUUGAAGAUCUGUUGCAAGUCAUUAUCUUACUCUGAACAUGAAGAAGUAUCUGCUCAGUCUUGUUGCUCUCGUUGCAAAUGUACGUGGUCACACAAAUCACUCAUUUCCAGCUAACUUCAUAUUUGGGGCCGCUACGGCUUCAUAUCAGGUCGAAGGUGCAUGGAAUCAUGAAGGGAAGGGCGUAAAUAUCUGGGACACACUCACACACGAUCAUCCUGACUUCAUGACCGACUUGUCAAAUGGCGACAUCGCGGCUAAUUCGUAUUUCAAAUAUAAAGAGGAUGUUCAGCUGCUUAAGAAGAUUGGUGCCAACUUCUAUCGGUUCUCAGUGUCCUGGUCUCGAAUCCUACCAACGGGACAAACAAACGUCAUCAACCAGGCUGGAGUUGAUUAUUAUAAUAAUCUCAUAAAUGAGCUGCUAGCAAACGGCAUUGAGCCUAUGGUGACUAUAUUCCAUUGGGAUCUUCCUCAGCCACUCCAAGACCUUGGAGGAAUGACAAAUAAAUUUAUAGUGGAUAUUUUCGUGGAUUAUGCUCGGGUUCUCUUCGUGCAUUUCGGAGACAGGGUGAAAUGGUGGAUCACGUUUAACGAACCAGCAGUGUUUUCAAUUGGUUACACCACCGCUAGGGGCUUCGCCCCCAGUGUCAAUGCACCUGGUAUCGGCAACUACCUGGCAGUUCACAGCAUACUGUUAGCACACGCCAAGACAUACCACAUGUACAGGCGGGAAUUCUGGGCCAAACAGCAAGGAAAUAUGAGCCUGGCUUUAAACUCGCGUUGGUUUGAACCAAAGACGAAUUCUACAGAAGACGUGCAGUCAGCCCAGAGGGCCAUCCAGUUCUAUCUGGGUCUAUAUGCCCACCCCAUCUUCAGCCAGGAAGGGGAUUACCCAAAACUGGUGAAGGACAGGAUCGCGCAGAAGAGCUUGGAUGAAGGCUUCUUCAGGUCACGUCUUCCAAAAUUCACCAAGGAACAGAUUUCCCAUAUACGAGGGACGUUCGAUUUUUUCGGCCUGAACCAUUACACGACAUCCUUGACGACAGUUGGGAAUACGGAGAACCAAGGACCUUCCCUCGAAGCGGAUGUCUGGGCACAGCGACUAUUUGACCGAAGCUGGAAGGAAACAGGAGACCCGAGCAGGAAGGUUGUGCCUUGGGGUUUCCGGAAAUUACUGAACUGGAUCAAGAACGAGUACAACAAUCCUCCUGUGUUCAUAACAGAGAACGGAGUUUCUGACCCAACUGAGUUCAACGACACUCUGAGGAUACAUUACUAUACCCACUACCUGAAUGAGAUGCUGAAUGCCAUGUUUCAAGAUGGUUGCAACGUGAUCGGAUAUGCGGCUUGGAGCCUCAUUGACAAUUUUGAAUGGAAUUCUGGAUACACUCAGAGGUUUGGACUGUUUCACGUCAACUUCACCGAUCCAGAAAGAACUCGGACUGCCAAGGAAUCUUCACGAGUGUACGCAGAAAUAAUUCGCACAAGACAGAUACCAGCGCGGCACUUCCACAGCGCUUCGCAGGAUUAAACACAGUGAAACAGUAGAGCCACGUGCUCAUACAGUCUUCCUACAUGUAAACUCUGUAUUUGUGCUCAUAAUAAAACCGAGAUAACGGCUGGACGACCGGGGUUCGAUCCUUCUCUUCGAAGAAAACCAGGGUAUAAUUCAGCCAGGACAGUGUGUGUCCCAACCUUUUUCUCAGGUUAAUUAUUUAAGGACGCCGUCGAGACAACACAGUGUCCGGUGUUAGGAUGAUUAUAGAACAGUUACUGGAAAGAGAAUUGGCAGGGGAAAACCAGAGCAAGAGAAGAAGGAAGUAUAAGUAGUAGGAUGCUACAAGCCAG